CCCCACCCCGGAGUCUCCCCUCCUGGCUGUCCCUUCCCACUACCCUUGGGGCCUAGCAGGCAGGGCCACCCAAGCACACCUCUGCGGGCACGGCCGGGAUCAGAACAGGGGGCGUGAAGACCCCAGGCCCCUUGGGAGCCCUCCAGAGCCCAGCCCUCUGCGGUCCCCCAUCCUCACCCCAGGGGUCACCAGCAACCCAAAUGCUGCCCCACUCUGAGCUGGUGUCCCUAGCACUGGUCAUCUACGGCCAGGAUGACGGUCCUCCCGGCUCCGAGGACCCGGAGCGUGAUGACCACGAGAGCCAGCCCCGGCCCCGGAUGCCUCGGAAGCGAGGCCACCUCUCACCUAAGUCCCGCCUCGUGGCCAACUCCACUCUCCUAGGGCUGCUGGCUCCCCCGGGGGAGGCAUGGGGCGUCCUUGGCCUGCCCCCCAACCGCCCGAACCACAGCCCCCCACCGUCGGCCAAGGUGAAGAAAAUCUUCGGCUGGGGUGACUUCUACUCCAACAUCAAGACGGUGGCCCUGAACCUGCUCGUCACGGGGAAGAUCGUGGACCACGGCAACGGGACCUUCAGCGUCCACUUCCGACACAACGCCACCGGCCAGGGCAACAUCUCCAUCAGCCUCGUACCGCCCAGUAAAGCUGUAGAGUUCCACCAGGAGCGGCAGAUCUUCAUCGAAGCCAAGGCCUCCAAGAUCUUCAACUGCCGAAUGGAGUGGGAGAAGGUGGAACGGGGCCGCCGGACCUCGCUCUGCACCCACGACCCGGCCAAGACCUGCUCCCGAGACCACGCUCAGAGCUCAGCCACCUGGAGCUGCUCCCAGCCCUUCAAGGUCGUCUGCGUCUACAUCGCCUUCUACAGCACGGACUAUAGGCUGGUCCAGAAGGUGUGCCCAGAUUACAACUACCACAGCGAUACCCCCUACUACCCCUCCGGGUGACCCUGGGCAGGCCACAGAGGCCGGGCCGGGGCUGGAAGGACGGGCCUGCCCGCGGAGGAGGCCAUCUGGCUGGAUACUGGGCAGGGACACGGGGAGGGACCUCAGGCAGGGAAGAGGGGGGUGGAGAGAAGGAGAUGCCAGGUGGGGCCGGGGCCAAGUCUCACGUGGCGGUGGGGAAGGGGUCCCAAGUGCGGGGCCCCAGCCUGGGGUUGUGGAGCGGCCGGGGCAUAGGAGCACUGGAGGAGGAGUGGGGUCUCUGGGCAGCCCCGCGGGGCUCCCCUGCUGAGCGACAGGAAGGUGCUGGGCCCAGGAGACCGCUGGCGAAGGCAGACCAGUGUGGCCAGAUGAGGUCACGGAGAAGAGCCCGAAGCCUCGGCUCCCUCCUUGCCAUCCUGAGAAAGAACAACAAGGAGAGGGGUCUCUCAUCAGCAAGGGCACCGAAGGAUGGCAGAGACGAGACGGGGCUGCCCGGGAGCCAGCCCUGGGUGGGGGGAGGGGCGGGGCCGGAGGAACUCUUGAGCCCCGCUGAGUCAGCCCCCACCCCCCCUGCAAGCCCAUUGUCCUGGACGGUGAACUGAACUUGGCUUCAGGCUGAAGUGGUGACCCUUGGAGUCGUUUUGACGUCUUGACCAAUAGACCGUCUGCUCCCCGCCAGGCCGUAACCUUUCCAAAAUUCCCUCUCCUGCCAUUGCCGCUCCUCCCCCCCCGCCGCCCCUGUCCACCCCUGUGCCGAUGGGUCACCCAUCCUUCAGCUGCAACAGAGGGUGACUGUGGUUCUCCCACCACCAAGGCCACAGAUGGGAGCCCACCCUUGCGCUGUGUCCCCUCGCCACCCCACCCCCCUGCUGGCUCCUCCGGGAGCGUCCACGUCCAGCCAGCAAGCCUUGCCCGUCAGCCUGGGACCCACCCGGAUGGAUACAGGGCCUUCAGCAGCUCGGGGCCGCGUGACGCCAGACUGACAAGGGCGCUGGACCUGUUCUGUGGUGUCUGUCUGUGGGUGGGGGAGGGGAGGGCGGGGUGGGCGAUCCCCUGAUUGUCAGCUUGUGUGCAGAGUCUUGUUCUGGAGCCGGGAAUAAAGCUUUCCCAGGGCA